UCUAAGUGAACAUGGCCCAAUAAAAGUAAAAAGGAAGAACGUUGUUUUCUGGUAAAUGUAGCAAGAUUAAGGUUUUUUUUUUUCAACCGUUAAAUUAUUUCGAUGUAUCGAUGGAUACAUUAAAAAGGAACUCAGCAUUUUGUCCGGAUUGCGGAUCUAUUCUACCACCGCUACGGGAAACUGGCGGCAUAAUGUGCUACGCUUGUUCUAGGUUAUUCGAUCCCGAGUCUCUUUUUGAUAAAGGGUUGACGGUCGAUUACGUUGUCCAUUUCAAUACCAGAUCGACCAAGUCACAGGUAGUAAAUAAUAAGGAAUCAAACACUGGUGAGGAAGGUCCAGUGGUAGAUAGGAAAUGUCCGAGAUGUGGAAACGAGAAGAUGUCUUACGCGACACUUCAGUUGCGUUCGGCCGACGAAGGCCAAACGGUUUUUUACACCUGUACCAAAUGUGAAUAUAAGGAAAGCGAAAAUUCCUAAUCCUGCAAAUGGCCAUUGUAUUGUGUAUUUUCCAAAUUUGUAUAGGCAAAAUAAAAGUAAUUUCAGCACGAAAUAGAAUCUAUAAAUCUGCGUAAUAGCAAUAGCCUAUAGGGCAAUUGUUGAUAGGGACUUAUGCGCAUCUUUUAUUGGCAUUGUUCUGCCUUAUCCCCAUAUCAAGGUU